CAAGUUAAAUCUUCAUUAAAUCUUCACCAUCCUUCUUUUUAAACCCGCGACGCUUAGCUAACAACCUUUAAACAUGUCGGCUGAUGUAAUAUUUCUGUGUUUAGAGGCUGGAGUUGAGUUGUAUUGUGAUAUUUGUGACUGUUGGCUGUCCGCCAUCUUGGAUCUGCCUGCAUCAAACUGCAGCCGAGAAUCGCUCAUUUCUGAGCCGCAGUGUGUCGUGUUUCCGCCGCUUGCUGUCGCUGCUGGUCGGUGUUAGUGGAGCCGAAAACACGAGCCAAUGUGAACAUGAAGUCUGGAGGAACCGGGGUUAACGCGUGUCUCUGCUCCCCAGAUCUCUGAAGAUGGUCCGCUACUCUCUCGACCCGGAGAACCCGACUAAGUGUGAGUCCCACGUGGUCCGGGGCUCCAACCUGCGGGUCCACUUCAAGAACACCCGUGAGACGGCCCAGGCCAUCAAGGGGAUGCACAUCCGCAAGGCCAACAAGUACCUGCGUGACGUCAUCGUGAAGCACCAGUGCGUCCCGUUCAGGCGCUACAACGGCGGCGUCGGCCGCGCGCGCAGUUGUUGUUGUUUACAGGCCAAGCAGUUCGGCUGGACUCAGGGUCGGUGGCCCAAGAAGAGCGCGGAGUUCCUGCUCCACAUGCUGAAGAAUGCCGAGAGCAACGCUGAGCUCAAGGGUUUGGACGUGGACUCGCUGGUCAUCGAGCACAUCCAGGUGAACAAGGCCCCGAAGAUGAGGAGGCGUACGUACCGCGCUCACGGGCGCAUCAACCCCUACAUGAGCUCGCCCUGCCACAUCGAGAUGAUCCUCACGGAGAAGGAGCAGAUCGUCCCCAAGCCGGAGGAGGAGGUGGCCCAGAAGAAGAAGGUUUCACAGAAGAAGCUGAAGAAGCAGAAGCUGAUGGCCCGCGAGUAAAUAAACACGAUGUGACCCCAA